GAGCAUUCGCUCAGUGGGGUUUCACAUUCUCAGCCACGGAUUGUGCGUUGGUGGCUCUUCGGGGGAAGGAGGAUCCAUGGAACGCCAUAAUAAGUGGAGGUGUGACAGGAGCGGUUUUGUCGUUUAGGCAGGGCUAUACUGCAAUGUUCGGCUCAGCAGUAAUAGGGUGUGUAUUACUAGCUCUAAUAGAGGGAGUUAGUAUAGCCAUGACUAAGAUGAGUGCAGAACAGUUUAAACCUGUGAGUCCAUUAGAACAGAUGCCAGAAGACCCCAGUCAGUUAGGGCCAGCCCCGGCUGGAUUUGCUAGCUUUUUCGGAGGAGGAUCAAGUACUGAGAAGGAAUUUCAAUGACAGCCUGGACUAGUUGAAUGAUGGACUUUAUAAUCACAGGGCUGGUUUCACGGAUGAACUGUAGACAGAAGGCUGGGGUCAGAUUUUUCAAAAAAGUGUAGACUAACCCUUCAAGAAAUCAAUGCCUUCAAGGAAAUGUUUUUUUCGCUGGUUUUCCUGUCACGCCCAACGUUAACACACUGUAGUGUCAAUUAAAAUGAAGCGUCUGAUGCAUAGUAUCAAACGUAGCAUUCUCAUGCUUGUUUGUGAUGCGUUCAGUACAUUUUGUUUACACUGACAAGCCAAAGUUUACAUGAUAUCGCAUUUGUACGCAGAGCUUUAGCUGCCGUACUUCUUCUACAAUGCCUGUUCAAAUUUGAAAAUUUACUGAGAUAUUUUCUGUCAAUUUUUUGAAGGGCGAGUCAAGAGUAAGUUUUUGGGUCAGUUUUCCACCUUACUUAGACUUCACUUACUAAGUUGUAUAUAACAGAGUGUACCAGGCAGUUUAUCUUGGGUUUUUUUAACUUUUGGCAAAUUCUAAUGACAUAGAUUCUUAAUUUAAAGUAUGUAAAAUGUAUUUAUUAUGAAGCUCUUAAAGCAAUAUCACAAACUAAAGUCAACUUUGCAUAGCUUGCUCUUGAUGUGAUUUUAACAGUCUUAAGCCCAAGAACUUAGGCCUUUUUGUGAAAGGGACCCCAGGUCUUGGUUUUAAGACUGCAACUUUUGUUCUACUACUUUUGGGUAAAUGUGAAGUAGUCCACUAUGAAUAAGUUACUAUUGUUGUACCACAUCUGCCAUUUCUUUUCAUUGAACAGGAGGAAUAUUUCAUCCAAGUGGAAUGAAAUAACUUUUUUUAUAAGUCAGUAUCUGUAAAUGCAUUGACUAAAUGACAUAUGCUAUUUGAAUGGCAUUUUUUUUCUCUUGCAUUUUAAUGGACAUUUCAUCAUUUUUGAGAUCAAGAUCUCUAAUAAUGCAUAACAACUAUUAUAGUUUAAGAAUAAGAGAGAUCAUUUUUGAAAGAUUUUAAUUGCUUGUCAGGUGAUUAAUUUAUUUAAUGUGGGAUAUUUCAAUGCAACUGUUGCAAAAAAAAAAAGAAGAGGUCUUCAUGCGAGCUGUUUCUUCAUCGAUCGGCUGAGGAAAAUUGUUCUCCAUCGCUCCUUGCAGACACUAAUUUGGCAAACUAGAAUGUUGGAGAACAAUAAUUGUAAUCUUAGCUGAACGAUUGAAGAAACCAUGGAAGUGCUUUUCUCCUCAGAUAGGACGUGCUGCACAGUGAAAUGAUUUCCUGUUGCAAAAUAUCACAUUUUCUCUGGCUUUUAGUCUACGGUCAUUCACCUUGUUCAGGUAGAUUUGUUAGUCAGAUAUGUCUGUUGCUUGCGUUUGAUAUGCACACGAAAGAAAAUGAACAUUAUAUACCAACUCGGUUUUAGUGAAAA